AUGCCAAUCAGCUUCACAUUGCUGCCACUGGUGAUUUUGAACACCGGCGCGCCGCUGUCGCCCGCGCUAGGCCCGGCGCCUUCCGUGACCCGAGCCCGCCCUACGCAGAUCACCCGAAUCACGUCGUCGACCACCUCCUUGAAAGUCCAGGUAUCCAACACCUUAGCCUUCCGACCCACCGACCGACAAGCCGUCGUUAGGGGUACCCAGUAUCCCUGCCGCAACGGCGACGCCGUCAACCAGCACGUGGUGGUCAUCAAUGUCGACGAAAAGCCCAUCGGCAUCAUGCACGACUAUGACGAAGCCGGCACCGCAACCAUGGCGUAG